AUGGAUACAAUCAUGAAAGAUGCAAACGAUGCUGCUAAACAACGUUCUUGUCACACAAGCAUUUUGAAUGAAGCUGCAGCUGCUCCAAAGACUGCUGUCAAUUUUACAGAAAUCGUUGAAAUUUCUUCAGAUGAUGGAUCUUCUGAAGAAUCUAGUAAUGGUGAUGAUGAUCAGGAGAGUGUUGACAGGCAACUGAUCAAUAAUGCAAAGCAAUCUGACGAAAAGCAAUCUGGUAAAGCACAGAACCUGACGCCCGUUGAAGAGGUUGUGGAUAGAGAUAGACGGGCAAUAAGAUCAAACCCAAGAGUUCAAGGGGGAAAGAUCUCAAAGACAACCAAGGAUAAAACGACUGUCCAAAAGGUCGUUCUCUGUCGCCCAGAUUCGUCUAUUGUACCAACUAGACCAGAUCAACUUCAUCUUCCAAAACCUCAAUGCAAGGACGCUAAAUCAGGUCGAGGCCAAAUACCUGAAUAUUAUGGAUCAAGAGGAUUGAAAAGAGCGCGAUAUUCUGACAGGAGCUUACGUUCGGAGGUCCGUCCAAAAUUCAAAGACAAACCUCAUGGUCACUAUUCCCAGCGGAAACCGAAUCUCCCUCAAUUGCCCUUCAUACUUCAAAUAACUAUACUUCGAUCUUUGCAAACUGCAUUAGAGUCGAUGUGUUACCGAUUCGUACAAAAGUGGCUUCCUGAGGUGCUGAAUGCGAACACAUGGGAAUGUCCCGAAAAUGUAGAGUUGAACUUAUGGUGGGGCGCAUUGAACGAGUGUCACAUACCAGUUGAAGCUAUUGGUCGUCAAGCACGCACUUCUCUUAAUUCCCUCUUCGCGCGGGUGACUGGGAUACGCCAUCUUGCGGUACAUAGACUUACACAGGUCGCAAUCGAUAGUAUCAAGGCAAUGAUUGAAGAUGCUCUGGAAAUCGCACACAUAUUUCGAGACGAUAUUUUCGUUCCAGAGUUCGAACUCUGGAAAGAGAAGCUCGCAUAUUGUUUGGAGGUUGAUCGGAAGGCAUCUGGUAAGCCAAUCAUGGUCCGUAGACUCAAUGCUAUUAGCACUAUGAAAGAGUACAAUGCGAGUAGUCAGGAUAAGCUCAAUAAAGAGAUUUUUGCGCUAAGGGCCGAACUUCUGGAAAAAGAAAAAAAGGCUGAGCGACUACACCAAGAGUACAACUCUCUUUUGAGAAGCGAAACCGAUACCAUUGACCUUGCUAGCAAUGGCGGUAAGCUCAGCGAUGAGGAAACUAAACAUCUUGGAGAUUUCAAAGCACUUGAAGAAUGCUUUACGCUGAACUUCGACAGGAAAGCACCUAAUCCUGAGCCAGCAGAAAACUUCUCAGGUCACCUUAUUAUGCUGUCAGAAGUCGGUAUGUGUGGACCCAGUAGGGCAGAUACAAACAGGCCCAUAAACGGUCAGUCUAGUAUCCAGAAUCCCACGGUCUCUCACGGAACUGGUAUCAAUGGUCUGCCGUCGAGACUUGAACCUAUUGCUAGGAAUGCUUAUGGUACCCCGGUGGACAUAAGUGAUAACUCUGGUUUAGGCCAAAGAACUGCCAGUGGUCCAGUCUCCACAUCGCAUGCCGGCCAACCAAUUCCUGCUACAGCGGUCGUUGUUGAUCUUACGGAAGAUGGUGAUGCAAUUAUGGUUGGGUAG